AUGGGUUUCCUCGCCACCACUUCCAUGGUCUUAUACUUCCUUCAUCUCACCACCGCUCAAGCUCCUCGAUCCGCCCAGCCCCCAUUCUUUCCAGAAUACUGCACUCUCCCCCUGACUGGUCGCGCCCUUCCCCUCCAACUCAACAACACAGCUCCUCGCACCGUAACAUGCAUCAGCCCCGGCGCCGCAUGCAAACGCAACGCAGACUGCAACGUACCAGGCGCCCAUCCCUCGGUCGAAGAGUGCGGCCAAAUCUAUCUUGAGCGCAACUACACGACUCUUCUGCGCCCAAACACCAUUUGCCUAGAUGGCUUCUGUCGCUACGCAAUCCCACGCAUCGAUGCCGAGCCACGCUCACAACACCGCUGCGGAUGUCUCGUAGGAUGUCAGGGCACUCCUGGGAAACCAUACACGUGUAUUCAGGGCAAUUGCGAGCGUGAGCAUUGCGUUGGUUGUGGACAGCGUGCGCCGUAUGGGGAUGAGGACAGGCAGUGUUGUGGUUAUGCGAUCAAGGACAGUGAUGGUAUAUGCCGAUGCAAGACGGGUGUGGAGAACUGCGAGGCGCGUCCGCCUGAUGAUGGGGGAUUGAACCCCUGUGGGCGACCAUCGUUCUAUGACAUUUGUUGCUGGGAGGGAUCAGAAAGAGAGGGCGAGUGUUGCGAUAGGGAAAGUUGCAUUGGGAGUGUCUGCUUGCAUCAGCCAGCGUUUGUAUCGGGGGCGUAG